AUGCUCUCUCUACCUCUCUCUCUCUCCCUCUCUCUCUCUCUACGCCUCUCUCUCUCUACGCCUCUCUCUCUACCUCUCUACUCUCUCUCUCUCUCUCUCUCUCUCUCUCACAUUUCUUCAUAUUUCACUACACUUCCUGUCAUCUAUCUAUCUAUCUAUCUAUCUAUCUAUCUAUCUAUCUAUCUAUCUAUCUAUCUAUCUAUCUAUCUAUUAUAUAUCUAUCUAUCUCAGUGUACACAUCUAUCUAUCUAUCUAUCUAUCUAUCUAUCUAUCUAUCUAUCUAUCUAUCUCAGUAUACACAUCAACUAUCUAUCUAUCUAUCUAUCUAUCUAUCUAUCUAUCUAUCUAUCUAUCUAUCUAUCUCAGUGUACACAUCAACUAUCUAUCUAUCUGUCUAUCUAUCUCAUUGUACACAUCUAUCUAUCUAUCUAUCUAUCUAUCUAUCUAUCUAUCUAUCUAUCUAUCUAUCUAUCUAUGUUCAUUACCUAUGAUGCUCGUGCUUUAUCUGUAUAUCUAUCAGAUUAUGUUCAUUAUCUAUCUAUCUAUCUAUCUAUCUAUCUAUCUAUCUAUCUAUCUCAUGUAUCUAUCUAUCUAUCUAUCUAUCUAUCUAUCUAUCUAUCUAUCUAUCGCUUUUCAUAUGUAUGUAUAUAUGUAUGUAUGUAUCUAUACAAUUUUCAUGUUUAUCUGAAUCUCUUCAUUUUUAUCUAUUAUCUUCAUUUCUGUCUGUCUAUCUGUCUAUCUAUCUAUCUAUCUAUCUAUCUAUCUAUCUAUCUAUCUAUCUCAUACUUUUUAUAUCUAUCUAUUUAUCUAUCUCAUUCUUUUUAUAUCUAUGUCUCAUUCUUUUUAUAUCUAUCUAUCUAUCUAUCUAUCUAUCUAUCUAUCUAUCUAUCUAUGUCAUUCUUUUUCUAUCUAUCUAUCUAUAUAUCUAUCUAUAUAUCUAUCUAUGUCAUUCUUUUUCUAUCUAUCUAUCUAUCUAUCUAUCUAUCUAUCUAUCUAUCUCAUUCUCUUCUCCAUCAUUUGAUCAAUGAUAGAUGCGUCAAGCUCCAAUUAGAUAUCUUUCUUUCUUUCUUUCUUUCUUUCUUUCUUUCUUUCUUUCUUAUUUUCUUUCUUUCUUUUUUUUCUUUCUUUCUUUCUUUCUUUCUUUCUUUCUUUCUCUUUCCUGUCUGUCAUUCACGCUUUCUCGCCUUUUACGCCACUUUUCUUUCUUUCUUUCUUUCUUUCUUUCUUUCUUUUUUGAUCUCUCUUUCUAGUCUGUCAUUCACACUUUCUCGCCUUUUACGCCACUUUUCUUUCUUUCUUUCUUUCUUUCUUUCUUUCUUUUUUGAUCUCUCUUUCCUGUCUGUCAUUCACACUUUCUCGCCUUUUACGCCACUUUUCUUUCUUUCUUUCUUUCUUUCUUUCUUUCUUUCUUUCUUUCUUUCUUUCUUUUUUUUGAUCUCUCUUUCCUGUCUGUCAUUCACACUUUCUCGCCUUUUACGCCACUUUUCUUUCUUUCUUUCUUUCUUUCUUUCUUUCUUUCUUUCUUUCUUUUCUUUCUUUCUUUUUUGA